UGCCCGAUCUCGACCUUGCUUAAGGGUUGAAAUCAGAUGACUUUGCUUAUCUUGAUAUUCAUUAUAGAAUAAUAAUGAAUAACCUUUAUAUUCAAAUUAGAAACAAAUCUAAUUGAAUUGAAGUGUUGUAUUACCUUUAAUAAAGUAAUAGUGAUCAUUUAAUUUAUAAUAUUUUUUUAUUUUUCAACCAGUCACAACUUUUACUGUCGUUGAUUGAACGAUUGUUAAAAUAUGUCGUUACUUUAUCUUUAGCAAAACAGAGUUUAAAACAAUUCAAUAAUGCUCAGCUUAAGAAAGAUUAUCAAGACUUUUGUCUAUAGAUAUUUGUAUAUUUCUUUGAUUUUUCACAACAACGUUACCUGUCUGUUUUAGCAAAAUUAGUCGUAAAAAAAUGAAACACAAUAUUGAUAAUUAAUGACUUCGAAUGAUUGCUUCAACUGUAUCGAGGAAAUUUCACAACUUGAUGCAAUGGCAAUUUCGUGUAUGUAGCUGAACUUUCAUGGAGAGAUGUUUGUUAAACGUAUAGUGUGCUCUAUUUUGGAAUGUAAAGCAGUUCAAGUAUUUUAAGCAAAAGCAAAGUAGUCAUAUGGUAUGUACAAUAUUAGAACACUACAGAGUCUUGUACAAAAGCAGAGUACUUUGUUAUGUACGAAGAAGAAUAAUAUGAAUAAAUUUUAUUUAUUUGUUGAGUAAAGUUGUAUCUUAAACUAAAUAAUUCAGAUGAUUUCAUCUAUAUACUGUUUGCUUACAGAAAAAAGUACUUCCAUUAAAAUAUGACUAUCUUAGUUUGGUUAAAAUCAAAUUUUUGUCUUGGUAUUAUAAUAGAAACAAGUAUCUACAUACAGUCUAUUUUAGAUUUCUAUUAUAAAUAUUGGUGUGAAUAAAACAACAGUCGUAGUAUUGGUUUCAUUGGAUUUAUUAGAUAUUAUUGAUUAGAACAAAGUCAUGCUAAUCAAAAGUAAGAUUUCGAUUUACAUAUCAAUAUCUAUCAGUGCUGCUAUUUGAUACGGAAGAAACAAACUUGAGCAACUAUUCAAAUUUAUCAUUAGAUUUUAAUGUGAAUAUGAUUGUUGUUGAUCCGAAUAGAGCAGAAGAAAAGAAAUUCUACUCCAUAGAUAUCAGAUCUAUUAAAUCCUUUCAUAAAGAUAAUGAUAAAUUAAUUAAUCUAGCGUGUUUACCAAAAAUUUCAACUGUAAAACGGCAAGACGAUACAUAUAGUAUUAACAAUGGUGAAGAAUAUCAUUCUGGUAUGUGGAAAAAGGAUAAACCUUAUGGAUGUGGUUCUAUGUUUAAAAAUUAUGGUUCAACUAUUUAUCAUGGUGAAUUUCAUAAUCAAAAUAUUGAAAGGAGGUUAUGGAAAACAACCGAUUUGAAAGUUACUUUACGUGGAGCAGUUUAUAAACGAAGCAUAUAUGACACUGAAGUUUUAUUAGAAUUAGGCGCAAAUGUUAAUGUAGAAGAUCCUUCAUCUGGACAAACUGUUUUACAUUGGGCAGUUAUGGAGGAAUAA